CUUUCCUCCCAUCAUUAUUUUCAACCUCUCAGCUGCGACAAUCUUUGAAUGGCAUGGGCAGCGCCCAGGCGUCAUCUAUCGUCAUGGUCUUCCAUGACAGUACCCACGAGUUGUGUCACCGGUAGUACAUGGACAAGGCGGCUGCUAUCAACUACGACUCGCGAAGAUCGUGUGCGCGCCUCCCUCGCCAACCACAAUGAGGCACUCGUCUCCUCUCCUUGGGUACGACUCCUCUCAUCACCUUUGCGGCGAUGCUUAGUCACAAGAAAGGCAAUGCCCAAAGCGAUGAUGAUACAGCUCAAGACGGCUUUCUUCCCUGCUGAUCAAGCGGGGUCCUCCACCGCAGCCCAGUCACAUCGAUCUGACGAGGACGAGUCCGGUCAGCAGGCGUCCUCUUCAGCACCCCUUUCGCCUGAUUUGCAACAGCUCGAGGAGUUCUUUGUGCCAGAUGGCAUACUUCAUCCCAAGUUCCACAAGCCAAAGCAUGGUCGCGCCGUCUCCCUAUGCACGUCGCGACUCUGCGUAGAGGCCAUCUCUUCCUACUCGCAGAAGGCCGGCCUAUUGAAGCGGCUCUCUAGCUCGGCCAAGAUACCGCCAAGGCUGAGCGAUAUGGUUGCGCACCAGUUGAGGAAGAGGGUGGAGCAGGAGCUUGAGCUGCUACACAGGGCCGACAAGAGGAAGCGCGUCGAUGAUGAGGCCGAGGACUCAGCGGCCUAUUUUCGUCGCAAGCAUACAGCCGCUUGCCACAUUGAGCUCCUCUCGCCUGCCUCGCCAGCCUCAGACGACACUAAGGAGAUCACGGGAAGCCCUUCAGCAGCUGGCUCUUCAACAAGCCUUCACUCUCCUCCGAGGUACAGCCUUCCGCUCCUUUUUCCCGACGACGCUCAAAGGAAGCAUGUGCGCGAUGUCAUUCUCAGCCUUCUAGCGCCGUUUCACCAUCGUGUCGAGCAGGCGACGAAAGCCGACGAUGGACUGCAAGAGAUCGCUGUCCCAAGUCGAACGCCAGAGCUGGUACCGCUGGUGAUCGCGCUUUGGCGGCUGAAUAGCUUUGAGAGUGGGACUGAAUCGAGGAAGGCGACGCCUGUCUAGACGCACAGCGAAGGGAGUUUGCAAGUAGAUGUAAAGAGAAGUCUUGGUGGCGGAGGAAUCAUUGAUACCAGUACAAGAUGAGACAAGAAGUUGCGAAGGAGGAGGACAG